CUUCCUGCAAAGAGGACCCUUUACAGUAUUUUUGGAGAAGUUGGUAAAACUGAAUCUGACAUCACCACCUCAUACAUGUAGCUAGCAAGUGGUUUGUUCUUACGCUAACAGAGGAGGAAAUUGCUCCCUGUCUGAUAAGACAACAGUCAGGAAAGGACGCAUGCUGUUUCAUACGGCUGAUUUCCAGAUAUGACCAUGUAUUUGUGGCUUAAACUUUUGGCAUUUGGUUUUGUCUUUCUGGACAUGGGAGUGCUUGUUACAGGGCAAGAUUCCAAUUCUGCUCCUGUUAAUAUAACUGGACUGACUACAACAGACAAGCCCAAGGCUGUGUCUCCAAGUGACCCCUUACCUGCUGGCACCACUGCAUUCUCACCCGCAAACAUCUCUGAAAGAGGACAUGACUCUUCAGAGACCACACCUCCUCUGACUCCAGGCAAUAUUCCAACCCAAGUAUUCCUGGACACUUCCAAUAAUACUAGUGUUCCUGACAUGACAGGUGUUAUAACAACACAGAUGCCUCACCUUCCCACGCACGCAAACUCGCAGGCGCCCUCUGCCGGAUCUGACAAUCACACACACAGCAGCGAGGUUGCACUUACCGCACUCACCCCGACUCUUGGCAGCAAUGAUAUAACAGGUGUCCCAGGAGACGGCAGCACAUUCACCACCUCUCCCGCAGACACUAACUUCACAUCUGUAACCCCCCUCAGCCCUGCACUCAGCAGCCCCACUGCUGACUUACCUUCACGCACCUCCAACAUCAUGACCCGCGAUAACUCCUCAGAUUCCCAACUUACAAGCACUGCGCCAUCCACUCUGGACAAUUCUAUAAGCGCUGACCGUACAAUGAAUUUAACAACCGCAGCUACUACUCCAGCUAAGGAAUCAUGUGAUAAAAAAUAUGCAUCAAUCUCUGUGAAAUACUCAUAUAACAACACAAGCAAGGUUUAUACUGCAGAGUUAAAGACUACAGACAAAGUGAAGUGUGAACCUUCAUGUCAAAACCUAAUUGCAUGUUCCCUUACUUCUGUUAAUAUAUCCGGAGACUCAUGUGUUUCUCCUUCUAAAGUUUUACAGUUAAAAGUACCACCAGAGCCUGAAAAGUUUGAGUUACAUGAUUGUACAGAUCCUGAAGAAGCAAAUACUUCUAUUUGUUUAGAGUGGAACAUAAUUGGUAAAAUUUCCUGUAAGGAGGAAGGUAUUACCUACAAAUUUAACUGUGGAAAUGAAUCCUCUUCUCAUUACCAAAUUAAGUUGGAAAAACUUGACCCUCAAAAAAAUUAUACUUGUGAAUCGGAAGUAUCUUAUUAUAAAUCUAAAUUUAUUGAUAGAAGAAUAUCUAUUACAACAGAUUUUGGGACUCCAGGAAAACCUAUGAAUCUUUCUUGUCCAAAGGAAGCAAACGUAACUGAAGAAGAAAUUACCUGGAAACCCCCUCAAACUGUUUUUCAUAAUUUUACUUUUUGUUAUAAGAAUAAUUCAGAAAGUAACUGCAAGUGUCUGGGACCAAAUGAAACCAAAUAUACUUUGAAACAGUUGAAACCUUAUACAAACUAUUCUAUAUCAGUACAUGCCUACACCACUGGAAAAGUACAACGUAAUGGAAGUGCUGAGUCAUGUAUGUUUCCAACAAAAAUAACACGGCCAGAUGAGGUCAAGAACCUAGUUGUUACCCGGGAAUCAGAUAAUAGUAUAAAAGUGAACUGUAAGGAACCUGAUAACCCUAAUGGCCCCCAUAAAGGUUACAAUUUGACAAUAAAAGGUGGAGGUGAAGAAAAAAGAGAAGUAAACAGGGAGUGCGAUUUCUUCAAGACAGAUCUCCAGUAUUUAACAGAAUACACGUUAGAGGUCUGUUUUUACAAUGGGAAAUUUUGUGGACCUGAAGUUAAAAAGACUAUUCCAACAUCUUAUAAUUCGAAAGCACUGAUUGCAUUUCUGGUAUUUCUGAUUAUUGUGACAGCCAUAGCCCUGCUCUUUGUUCUCUACAAAAUCUAUGACCUGAAUAAGAAAAGAUCCAGCAAUUUAGAUGAACAACAGGAACUUGUUGAAAGGGAUGAUGAAAAACAACUGAUGAAUGUGGAGCCAAUCCAUGCAGAUAUUUUGUUGGAAACUUAUAAAAGAAAGAUUGCUGAUGAAGGAAGACUCUUUCUGGCUGAAUUUCAGAGCAUACCACGGGUGUUCAGCAAAUUUUCUAUCAAGGACGCUCGAAAGUCUUUUAACCAGAACAAAAACCGUUAUGUUGACAUCCUUCCCUAUGAUUAUAAUCGAGUUGAACUCUCUGAGAUAAAUGGAGAUGCAGGGUCAAACUAUAUAAAUGCCAGCUACAUUGAUGGUUUCAAAGAACCCAGAAAAUACAUUGCUGCACAAGGACCCAGGGAUGAAACUGUUGAGGAUUUCUGGAGGAUGAUCUGGGAACAGAAAGCCACGGUUAUUGUGAUGGUCACUCGAUGUGAGGAGGGAAACAGGAACAAGUGUGCAGAAUACUGGCCAUCAAUGGAACAGGGUACCAAGACUUUUGGAGAUGUGGUUGUAAAGAUCAAUGAACACAAAAGAUGCCCAGAUUAUAUCAUUCAGAAAUUGAACAUUACAAACAAAAAAGAAAAAGCCACUGGCAGAGAGGUGACUCACAUUCAAUUCACAAGCUGGCCUGACCAUGGGGUUCCUGAAGAUCCUCACCUGCUCCUCAAGCUGCGCCGGAGAGUGAACGCUUUCAGCAACUUCUUCAGUGGCCCGAUUGUCGUGCAUUGCAGUGCUGGUGUCGGACGCACAGGCACCUAUAUUGGAAUUGACGCCAUGUUAGAGGGCCUGGAGGCAGAGAACACUGUGGAUAUUUAUGGUUAUGUAGUCAAGCUACGGCGGCAGAGAUGCCUGAUGGUUCAAGUCGAGGCACAGUACAUCUUGAUCCAUCAAGCCUUGGUGGAAUACAAUCAGUUUGGGGAGACAGAAGUGAGCUUGUCUGAAUUACAUCCAUAUCUACAGAACAUGAAGAAAAGAGAUCCUCCCAGUGAGCCGUCUCCACUGGAGGCUGAAUUCCAGAGGCUUCCUUCAUAUAGGAGCUGGAGGACACAGCACAUUGGAAAUCAAGCAGAAAAUAGAAGCAAAAACAGGAAUUCUAACAUCAUUCCAUAUGACUUUAACAGAGUGCCACUUAAACAUGAACUGGAAAUGAGCAAAGAGAGUGAGCAUGAUUCAGAUGAAUCAUCUGAGGAUGACAGUGACUCCGAGGAAACCAGCAGAUACGUCAAUGCAUCUUUUAUAAUGAGUUACUGGAAACCUGAAAUGAUGAUUGCUGCUCAGGGACCACUGAAAGAGACCAUUGGUGACUUUUGGCAGAUGAUAUUCCAAAGAAAAGUCAAAGUUAUUGUUAUGCUGACAGAGCUGAAGACUGGCGAUCAGGAGAACUGUGCUCAGUACUGGGGAGAAGGAAAGCAGACGUAUGGAGAUAUAGAAAUUGAUAUGAAAGACACAAACACGUCUUCAGCUUACACCCUCCGUGAAUUUGAACUGAGACAUGGCAAGAGGAAAGAUACCGGAACUGUGUAUCAGUAUCAAUAUAAUAAGUGGAAUGCAGAACUUCCUGCAGAACCCAAAGAAUUAAUCUCUAUGAUUCAGAGCCUCAGACAAAAACUUCCCAUGAAGAAAUCCACUGAAGGGAAUAAGAACCACAGGAGUGUGCCUCUCCUCAUUCACUGCAGGGAUGGAUCUCAGCAAACAGGACUAUUCUGUGCCUUAUUAAAUCUCCUGGAAAGUGCAGAAACAGAAGAGGUGGUAGACGUUUUUCAAGUAGUCAAAUCUCUACGCAGAGCAAGGCCGGGAAUGGUUUCCUCCUUUGAGCAAUACCAAUUCCUGUAUGACAUCAUUGCCAGCAUCUACCCUGCCCAGAAUGGACAAAUAAAGAAAGGCAACAAACAAGAAGAUAAAAUUGAAUUUGAUAAUGAAGUGGACAAACCAAAGCAAGAUGUGAAUUCCAUUAGUCCCGUUGAUGCCGUAGAUAAAACCCAGGAAGAAAACAAAGAGGCUAAAUGUUCUGAACCCAUGAGUGGCACUGAGGAACCAGAAAGUUCUGCCAAUGGUUCUACAAGUCCAGCUUUAACCCAAAGUGCAUAGAAAAAGACAUAAAUGAGGCAACUGAAAGCCUCCUAUUAGCUGUUAUUUCUAAUUUUCUAGAAGUAGGAGAGGAAAAUAGGUAUACAGUGGAGUAAAGCAGUGCAUUGGACCAAUGUUUGUGGGGAACUUCUAUUUUUAAUAUUGUGGGAAAAUAUUUAAGAUCGUUUUCUGAAAAGUUUUGUACAGUCUGUUGGUUAUUUUAAAAUUUUAUCUAUCAUUCAACAAAAGCAGCUUAUUUGCGACCUUUGCACGUAUGUGUGUGUGUGGGAGAGAGAAAAAAAAGAAUUUUCUAGGGCUCUCUAAAUGUUCUUGAGAAGCUUUGCCUUUUUGUUUUCAUGAAGGAUAAAACACACAAUUUUUAAUGGAAAUGUUAACUUAGGUUAAGAGAUUUACUUUCUAAAUCAUAAAUAGUGUGUGGUCUCUCUGUAAGAAUAACACGUACAUUUCUAGAAUGACCUCAAGAUGUCCUCAUUGUCCUACUCAUAUAUAUCUUAUAGUUUACUGUUUUACUUCUAGAGAUGGCAUAUAAAUGUGUGAGUGCAUAGUUACAAGAAAGUUAACUAAAUUAACAUUUGGAAACUUAGACUCUGUGUAUAGGCAUUUAAUACAGUAUUUCCUCAUGCUCGCUUAAUUCAAUUUAAAAUUUCAAGUGAGCCUAUCUUGUUAUCUUCACAUGGUGUUUACAAUUUUGCAACAUACAUUAUUCUCUGUAUAAUAUGUGCAAGUCAUUCCUUAAUGUUUUGGGCCAAAAAAUUAUGUCUGUGAAAUUCAAUAAACUUAAAUAAACAUCUUUAAAAGAAACAAAUAUUAUUUAUAUUUAUAUAUAUAUAUAUGUACCCAAAGGAUUAAAAUAGAAGUGCAAAUUUAUCUGUGAUUAAUAUUUGCAUAUGAAGCAUAAUAUAGCUACUUCUACAGAAUUCAACAUUGAUAUGAGAAAUAUAGUAUUAUUACAUGUGCAUAUUUUCCAUAUUAAAGUCUGUCCCAGAUUUUCAUUGAAGUGCAUUUACUCUGAAUUUCUAAAAUGUUGGACUGCUUUUUAUAAGGAAUUGAUAUGAAUAUAUCACAGUAUAAUCCAAUCAUUAUCUUUUGUUGUACAUAAGACAUUAAAUGUGUUGUAUGUUUAUAUACAUAAUAUGGAAGCACAUAUUAAAAUACAGUUUUCAUUUUAUUUAAAAUA